GAGACAGGAACUAGGGAGUUUGUCGCGCGGGACGUCAAGCUGAUUUUGCACAAGCGCGUUAAUCGCUUAGGAUGUCAGUGCGCAGUACUUGAAUAAAGGCUACGGUUGUGGUAAUGGAGAUGAGUGGACUCCGAAACUGAAGAAGUAAAGCAGCCGCACUGACAGCGUAACGCUCUGCGGGGAGGGGGUUGACUGAACUGUAUCAGCACAGACAGCUAGUGCGCUAGCAAAGUAGCACGCGAACGAAACAUAAGGCGAUGAUCAUGUUACGGACAGCAUGAGCUGCACGCGGCUGCCGGACAGCAGAGAAGAGAGGAGAGUUCCCGACACUGUCGUCCGAAACUUCGCUUGUGCUGACAGCUAGUAGUAGCGCGGGAGACCGGACUCGCUGCGCUCGGCGGACUCGGCGGGCCCGCCAGGCUGCCGCUCUGAUCGAUAUGCAUUCUUCUCAGGUUAAGUGUGGCGGUGGGCGGCUGUCGAGAAUGAUGCACGAGGAGGAGGCGGCGCACUGCUGCGCGAGCGGUCACAACGCGAGCGCAACGGACGCGCUGUCUUUCGAACUCAAGGGGGAAAAGGCCGACUGCUUCCAGGCCUCGUCGUCGUCGUCGUCGAGCGUGUCCGUGUCGUCGCUCAAGGUGCGCCUGGCGCCCGCCAUCCAGAGCGCGCUGGCGGCCGCCGUGGACGCGCUGCUGCGCGAGGUGGCGCUCGUGCUGAGCGACGCGCUGACGGAGGCCCAGCGCGAGCUCGCGAGCCGGGAGCGCGAGAACGAGCGGCUCAAGCUGCGGCUCGAGGAGUCGGAGGGCGAGCUGCGGGCGCUGCAGGAGUGCGUGGUGGUGAGCGGCGCGCGCAGGCUCGCGGAGCAGCCUCCCCCCCCGGCGAACGCGGCCCCGGCGGCGUUCGGCCAGCCUCAGCCUGCCUCUGCCUCCUCCUCCUCCUCCUCCUUCCCGAACCUUCCUCCGCACCCCGCCGGGCUGCCCGAGUGCGGCGGGGAGCGGAACCCCGCUGCGCAGUUCUUCAUCACCCAGACUAGACCAGACGGGCAGCAGGAGUCCGGCGCUGCGGAGCCGAGCAACGCUCUGCUGCUCGGGUUCGACGAGAUCAAGGUGGACCGGCUGUCCAUGAUCCAGGCGGACGCCGCCGCCGCCGCUGCGAACAGGCUCGGCAGCCCCGGUCCCCCGUGGGACGCAGUCGCGGGCGCAGGUAGUGAAUGCUCUGCAGAGAUAAAGACAUGCAGUCCAGAAGCAGGUGCAGUAGAGCAGAGGAUCCAGCCAAAGUUCCCAAUCAAGCAGGAACCAGACCUGGGGCUGGGCCAGCAUGGCCGAAUGGCGGCUGUCGAGGGCCUCCCUGCGGCCUCUGAGAACGAGCAGACGGCGCAGAGUGUGGGUGAGCUGGGCCGCAUUCACGUAGUGGAAGAGGAGGGCCCCUCGCGCUCACUCGACUGCCCGUUUCAAAUCGGCAUCCCUAGGCAGCCGUUGCUCAGAUCGCACGGCAGCGCCGUCCCGGAUGGACUGAGAACUUUGGCGAAAUCUCACCCCGGUGCGGGGGUCUACCAGGGAGCCGCUGUUGGCUCAAAUGGACCCCCGUUCGCCAACGCAACAUCGGAGUCUAGUGAACGCCCUCACCUGUGCCUGGAAUGCGGGAAGACGUUCCGGCUGAUCUCCAGCCUCAGAAAACACAUCCGUAUCCACACGGGCGAGAAGCCCUACCCUUGUGGCGUUUGUGGCCGCCACUUCCGUGAGUCAGGGGCCCUCAAGACCCACCAGCGCAUUCACACGGGCGAGAAGCCUUACUAUUGCUCGGACUGUGGCACCAGCUUCCGGCACCUGGACGGCCUGCGCAAGCACCGGCGCACGCACACGGGCGAGAAGCCGUAUGCCUGCGUUUUGUGCGGCAAGCGCUUGAGCCGCCUGCAGCACCUGAAGCACCACCAGCGAAUACACACCGGGGAACGGCCCUGCCGCUGCCCUCGCUGCCACAAGUGCUUCAAGGAGCCGGCUGCCCUUCGCAAGCACCUGCGUACUCACCGAGAGGAAGCCGCUGGCGAGGACCCCGCGGAGGCCUGUGGCGAGAGGUCGGGACCAGGGCCGGCAAUGGCUGAGGACUUUGGCCGCCUCCAGGCCCCGAUGCUUUCCACGCAGAUGGGGUUUGGGAUGUGGGGGGAAGAUGGCGAGGAAGGAGCCGCAGUAAACUGCAUAGAGGAGAGAUAAGGGUGUAGAUACCGUGUUCCUCUUCUGAUUGGUACAAGUAAAACAUGCCUGUCCCACAUACCGCACUACACACUGCUCUGUCGGGACAGUUUUAGAUUCGUUUAACAUUUUUGAGGAGUUUUUUUUUUUUUUUAUUAAAAAUUUAUUUGAGGUUCACGCACUUUUACUUUUUAAAUUUUACUUACCAUUUUUAUAAGCAUGCAUGGUGUGGCGUGAAUAGUUUGCAAAGUUCACAGGUGUAAGCUGUGACCAGUGUUACAUAACUAGUCCUAGUUCUCCUCAAUUGCCUGCAUUGAAAGGAAUUUUUAUCAUUCCACGUGGGCUGAUUUAACCUCCCCCGUGAGCCCAUAUAAUAGAAUUUUUGCGCCUGGAUUUUUUUUUUUGGUUAAGAAAAAAUUGGUUGUUAGAGCCUUGUAAAGACUUUUUUUCUAGUUUGCUUUUUCUGGUUCAGCCAAGUUACAUGGAACUUUAGUUGAACACGAUCAUUUUGCAAGUGUUAAAUUAAACUUGGGCUAUUGGAAAACAGUCUUUGUAAUAGUGGAAAAAUGUGAAAGCUAAGAGAUUAAAAGAUCAGUUUGAAAAGUGGAUCAGAGUAGAAAAGCUGUGUUCCCCAGAGAUGGUGAUUAAGUUCUGUAGCUGUAGUUCUUUUCCCGAAAUCACCCAGUGACAGAAUAAAAAUGAAUCUAUUACGUGAAUUAAUGAAUAGUACAAUCCAACUUGCAGACCUUGCGGAGUUUUGAAAUACUAUUCAUGUUGGAAACACUAAUUUGACCUUUACUUGAGUGGAUUAAAAAAACUUAAUUGCAAUAAAUCACAGCAAAUUCUGCACUGAACUGUUAAUUUUUUUUUUUUUUUAAUUGUUUGUUUCACAUUCCCAGUCUUGGAGAAUCCUUUGUCCCCUUAUUACUAUUUUGUACAAACCCCAUUGUGUUUCAGUUCAGAGUUCAUCCCACCUAAGCUGUACUGCCUUCUUUAUGGUUACCAGUUUCAGAGAUGAAGUCAUGUACCAGAAAACAACAGUAAACCUGUUGUAAUAUGUUACUGCAGAACUUAACCCUUAAAUGAACCAGGUCUGGUUUCAGACAGCUGUCAGUAUAAAUGUUUUUCUGUAAAUGUUUUAUUUCUGAGUGUAAAAAGGAACUUAUCUGGAACAGGUCCUGCAUUUCAUUCAUAUGGUGCUGAGACUAUUUUGGGUUUUACUGAUGCUGCUCCUGUAAACACUUUUGUGAUUGAUUCAUCAGAUUAAAUUUUAUUGAAUGUACUUUGAAAAUGUGGGGAAAAAAAAUGGAUUUCACUGAGCUGGACCCACUCCUGUUUUUAGUUCCAGUGUAAAUCUCAAAAAUGGAAGCGUUUACCUGCUUUGAAGAUGGGCUCAGCUUUGGGACUCGGUUGUCACGUCUUCCUCCAUUUCAAAUAACUACUGAUUAGAGAAGCCUCAUUAACAAUUGUGAGUAACCGGUGCUUGUUUAGACACUCUGGAUUCCAUGAUCUAUACUGUCCUCCGUUGUCUGGGCUGUGUCAUUAGACAACUGUUAGUAGGAGAUGCAGGGGUACAAAAUAAAAACUUCAUUGCAGGAGAUGGGACUGGAACUUCUCAGUUUGCUGCUGUUUCUAGGUGCCUCUCUGUCUCCAGAACUGAAGCAAUGAGUCAGAAUCCAAGGUGGGACAUUAGAUGAUUUAAAAAGGUACAGCACCAGGUAGUAGUUUGAUCUGAUUAACAGAAUAUCAUUUUGGGAAAAUCUCUCCCCCGCUAUUUUCUGAUAAACUCUUUACAACAGCCAAAAACCUCAGAACAGUGUGGUCUUCCUGGACCGGCAAUGAAAAACCAUUACAACUGUGCAGAUAAAUGCUCUAAGGUGU